AUGGACAGUAAUGCAGCAGAGAAAUCUUCAAAAGAAAUAAUUGAAGAUCUUCAAAGACAGUUAUUGACAGAAAAAAAUAGAAAUAGAACAUUAGUAGAAGAAUUAAAACAAUUAAGAGACUCACAUGCAAGAAUUCAAAUAGUAACAGAGAAUGAAGAAGAGUAUAUUACUAAUAAAUUUAUGAAAUAUUUGAAUCAAUUGAAAAAAGAAAAGGAAGAACUUGCCUUAAAAGUGGAACAAGAGGAAGAAUACCUUACAAAUACUCUUCAAAAGAAAAUGUUAACUAUUAUGAAAGAAAAAGUCGAUCUUGAAAAUCAAUUAGAACAAGAAGAAGAAUUCAUUGUAAAUAAAUUACAAAAACAAAUUCAAGAUGUAAUGAAAGAUAAAAAAGCAUUAGAAAAAAGAUUAGAAAAUGAAAUUAAUGAUCAUAGAUCACUUUUGAAAUUACAAGAUGAGGUAAUUGUAUUAAGAGAUAAAAUCAAAGAACUUGAAUCUAAUGGUAAUAAAAAAGAAGAUAUUGAUGCAUUAAAAGCUGAAAACUUUGUAUUAGGUCAAAAGAUUAUUAGAGAACAAGAAAAACUUUCAAAAGUUAAUUCAGAAAAUACUAAAUUAAUGUCAAAUUUAGAAAUUGAUGACGAAAGAAAUUUUAAUAAUAAAUCUAAAAGAAAUAGAAGUAUAUCAUUCCCAACAUCAAUGGCAUCAACAACUACUACAACAACUACAUCAAUUACUUCAUCAACCACAUCAAUUACUUCAUCGACUUCAUCAAUAAAUUCAUCAGGUUCAUCUUCAACAAACAAUACAUGUAAUAAUAAUAGUAGUAGUAAUAUACCAACAUCACCAUUAAGUUGUAGUAGUAAUAGUAGUGGUGGUGGUGGUGGUAGUGGAAGUUUAAAUAAUAGUUGUAAUAGUAAUUGUAGCAAUAGUAGUAAUAGUAGUAAUAACAAUUGCAACAACAACAACAACAAUAAUAAUGGAAAUUCAAAAUUAAGUACAGGUGUACCAAUUACAAGAUCAAGAUCAUCAUCAUCAAAUUCAAAUCCAUGUUUAAUUACAAAGAUUGUCAAAGAAGGUUGGUUAAAGAGAAAAUCAAUUAGUAGUUCAAAUCAAGAAACUUUAGAAAAGAGAUAUUAUGAAAUCUCAACCGAUGGUGAAAUGAGGGAAUAUUUCGAUGAAACUAAACAAAUUCCAACUUCACAAUACAUAAACUUAGAUACCUGCUUCCAAAUUGAUAUCGUCACUGAUAAUCCAAAUCAUCCAGGUUAUUCCGAUAUAAAAUUAUACAUCAAAACAAAUUCAAUCUCUCCUGUUGAAAUUAUUACUUUUUCAACUUCUUCAAAUGAUUGUAAUGAUUGGAAAGAUACAAUUUCAUCUUUAAUGCCAUUAAAAAGAUAA